UGUGUGUUCCAUUUCUCUUCAGGAAACUGUAAGCUGUGAUCUGUGUGAGAAUGUUUGUGUUUUUUUCCUUCCCUCCCUCGCGCUGUCAUUCAUACGUGAGCUGAGACUCUUACCCUCUGUACAACACUCUGUUUUUCCAAACCCUGCGUGGAACAAAGUGUGAGGUGAACGUCAGCGACGUAUAACAGUCAACACACCUUCAGAACGGCCUUCUGCUCUUCAGAACUAUAUCAGGCGCGUGAGAGGCAGAGGACACUUUUAAUCUUGAGCAACAUGACACUCAAAUCACACUGCACGCAUCAGUGCACACCAACAGGAUCUCUAUGGACCAGCGGACACUGCAAAAGACAGUACAGCUCUAAAUUGCAGCACAACUACCUCACAAGAACACAUCCGAUGGAGCAGAGGAGGCCUAAACCUCACAGGUUCCACUCCUGUCUGAUGUUUCGCUUAAAGGAGCGUGUGAGGAUGGACCACAUCCAGCCUGGAGGAGACGUCCAGGAAAGCACUGAGAGCAGACUGAGGGAAUUGGCGCUCAAAUGGUUUACAGAGACCCAGGCACCACUAAUUCUGCACAACGGCAACUUCCCGGAAUGGUUUCAAGGAUUUAUCAGCAGAAAGGAUGCAGAGGAGCAUCUGAAAGACAAGGAACUGGGCUGUUUCCUCAUUCGCCUCAGUGAUAAAGCCACUGGAUACAUUCUGUCAUAUAAAGGUCGUGAUCGAUGUCGGCACUUUGUCAUCAACCAGAAUAAAGAUGGACGUUUCAUUGUGACGGGCGACACAGAGAUGCAUGAUAGUCUCACCAGCCUCAUCGAAUAUUACAAGUCCAGGCCCAUUGAGCCCUUUGGAGAAUAUCUGACACUCUCAUGUUUUGAGUCAUCCACGAGCGAGCUCUAUGAUGUGAUUAAUUUUGACCUGAGGGAGAAGCCAGGAGUGAGUGUUAAAGCUAUGAAGGAUAUUUGGGACGAUCAGUGCAAAAAAACCCACGACCCGCUGCAACCUCCUGCCCUGCCACCCAAGGGACUCAGAAACACACCUGCAGUGCCGCCGGUGCCAAGAAAAGUCCCUCCUAUGAAAGCCGCCUCCCUAGAAGGAAAGCCCACCCCAGAAAACGUGUUGUACACACCGAUCGACCUGCAGAAGCCCAGAGAGCGAGUCAGAACGCCCACAGAGAGCAAAGACAUUUCAAUUACAGCUUCCCGAGGGGAACCCAGAGCCCCGCGACUACAGAAAGGUAGUCACCAAGGAACCAUUUACUCUGAGAUCUUAGUGCCGAACUGCAGAAGCCAAUCCCUGCCAUUCCUGGAUGACAACAGUGAAGCAGAAGGACACUUUAAUAGAAAAAGCCAACCGCAACACGCUUCCCACAUGCAGAGAGAACAACUCAGCAAUCCAGGUUUUAGCAACAGCCUGGAAGUACUAUGUAAUUCAUCGGUUUAUCAAUUAGCCGGAACGCAUGGCAACCAACACAUGGGAGGGAGGAGAAUGUCAAGCAUCAACGUGCAGGAAAACGAUGAUACGUAUGCCGAGGUGCCUUGUGAACCCGUUCCAAAUCACUUCCUGGUUGACGACACGUACGAGCAGAUUCCUGAUUCACGGCCUACGGCGAGAGCAGACGAGAUGUCGCACACUAAUACCUACGAAACGCUAACAGACUUGAAACCAAAGCAGAUUUUAUCUGCUCGGGCUCUUAAGACUGAGAAAUGGAAAUGGCUGUCCCCUGAAUACUGGAAAAAAUAACGUCUUCAGAUGAACAUCGUCACUAAUGUGAAUCAUGACAUUACACUAAUGAAGAACAGUUGUUAACAUCCAUCCACUGAAGCUACGUCUGAUUAUUGAAUACUAGAAUAGUACAGCUUUAUUUUUCAUUUUUUAUUCAAAGAAUAUUUAUUAACUUAAUAAUAAAUAUAUAUAGUGUCUUUUUCUUCAUGCUAGAAUCACAGUAGUUUUUUAUAACUUUUCUUGAGAAAAGGUAUUUUAUGUAUAUGAUAUGUAAUAAAAUUAUGCUAUUUUUGAAUAGUGUGCUUUUAGGGUUUUUGGGGGUUAAAAAAAUCAUGUUUUCUUGAUACAAAGCACCAGUAGGCCUACUGCACAACAACUCUUGUUUUAUCUCAACUCUAUUGACUGUGAAUAUAAUUAAUAAUACACAGAGUGGGGAUUAAGCUGUUAAACUUUACAGUCUUCAAAAUUACCUUACCUGCCAGUAACAGAGACCAUCUGUGAAGGUGCACGUCUGUCUUUACAAGACUCAGUACAUCUUUUAAAACCAUUAAA